AUGAAAUUUUAUACUGGAGACGAAGUUGGCUUGAUAAAAGCAAUCACAAUUUCAAAUCUUUCGCAAAAAGAAGCAUCACCUAUCAUCAAAAAAUGGGGUAAAAUUGAUCGGGCACAAGGUGUCCAAUUGAUGUAUCAAGCAAAAAUAUAUGAUGAAAGUGAACAACAACAGAUAAUAGUUGCACGUAAAAAUGGAAAAAUACAUAUACUUGAUCCAAAUGAGGAAGGUAAAGCCAUGAAAGAGUUUACACAUGAACAAAUUUCUGAUAAUAAAAUAGAAUGUGUGCAAUUUGUUGGUUUAUUUGCCAAUUCUACUACUUUGGUAACAUGUGAUGCCAAGACGGGUAUAAUUACUUAUCAACCAAUUUCAAUUGAUAAUGAAUCAUCAUUUCCAAUUACAAGUUUUUCGAUUUCAAAAGAUUUGUGUAGGUUAAGAGUACAUCCAAAAUCACAUAAUAUAUUUGGAUGCUGUGGUAAAGAGUAUGAGUUGACGAUAUGGGAUGUGAAUUCUUAUAAAGAGGGAAGUUGCCCAUUCAGUUCACAAUCAAAAAAAGAAUCUAAGCCAGGAUUAAUAUGGAAAGCUAAAAACUUGAGAAAUGAUUUUUUGGAUUUGAGAGUUCCAGUAUGGAAUACAGAUAUGCAAUUUUUAAACGAUGAUGCUACAAAAAUUGUAGUUGGUACAAAAUAUAAUCAGAUAAGAAUAUAUGAUACUAAAGUAAAAAGAAGACCAGUUUUGGAUUUAAGCAUAGGUGAACAUCCCGUGGUAUCGUUAAUUGUAGGCAGAAAUUUGAAUGAAAUUUUGUUUUCGAACACUGCUGGAAAUUUGUUUUCUAUCGAUGUAAGAACAGGAUUUGCUGGUGCAGUUUCAAGUAUGGAAGUUGAUUCAAAAUCAACAUAUUUAGCAACAGUAUCACUCGAUAGAUUUUUACGCGUACAUGAAAUGAGUGGAAAACAUAAUCUUUUACAGAAAAUCUAUUUAAAACAACAUCUUACAUCUGUUUUGGUAAAUGAUGAAGAUGAAAUAAAAAAAGCUAAUAAUGAUGAGAAGGAACUUGAAGAAAUUUGGAAUGAUAUGGAAGAAGUUAAAUCGAAAAAAAAGAAGAAAAAAUUAGUGAAUUUUGAAAAUAUUUAA